CCUAAACAGAAGAGAAAAAAGAGCGAAUCUGUGAAAGAGAGAAAGAAAAAGGAAGAUGUUGAGGUGACAGAGAAUGACAACGGACCAGAUGAGCAGAACAACAAUGAGCUCAUCAGCAAAGAAAAACAGACCUCAAACGAGGAACAGGAGGUAAGGAAAGAGAAGAAGAAGAAGAGUAAACCAUCCAAAAGCAAAGAAGGACAAGAAGACAUGGGGUCCAAGGAGAAAAAGAGCAAAGAUGGCAAGAAAAAGAAGAAGUCGGCCGAGGAAGAGGAUGAGGACGCCGUGCAAGAGGAAGCAGAGGAAGAGGAGGACAAGAAGAAGAAGAAAAAGGAUAAGAAGAAAAAGAAAGGUUCUGACAGCGACGAGGAAAAGAAAGUGAAGAAAGGGAAGAAGUCAAAGGUCAAACAGGUGGAUUAUGCUGAGAUCUACCAGGAAGAGCUGCUGAACUAUCACACAGAGGAAUCGGAUGAUCAAGAAGACGAGUUCAACAAAAAGAAAGUGUACGAGGUGGUGACCGUCACAGGUGAUGUUAAAGGCGCUGGGACUGAUGCUAACGUAUUUAUCACCAUGUAUGGAGAGUUUGGAGUGACUCCCAAAGUUCACCUGGCCAGCAAGAGCAGAACAGCCUUUGAAAAGAACAAGACUGACGUCUUUCGGAUCAAAACGCACAAUGUUGGGCCAAUAAAGAAAAUUAGAAUCGAGCAUGAUAACACGGGCAUGAGUGCCAGUUGGUUCCUGGACCGGGUCAUUGUGACUGACAUGAACAGGCCACACCUCCGAUUCUUUUACGCCUGCAACAAUUGGCUGAGCAGAGACGAGGGGGACGGACUUACGGUCCGAUAUCUGCUGGGUAGCCUGAAUCCCAUGGACAUCCCAAAACAAAACAAGUACAUAGCCAGUGUCUUCACAAUGGAUGCUAAAGGCAGUGGGACAGACGCUGAUGUCUACCUCAGUAUUUUCGGAGAGUUUGGGGAUACAGGAGAACGAAGACUUGCCAGUGAUGGAAAAGACAAUUUUGAGCGCGGCAAUGAAGACAAAUUCACCAUCGAAGCACCAAAUCUGGGCAGACUUCGAAAAAUCACCAUUGGACACAAUAACAAGGGGUCUUCUGCGGGCUGGGCGUGCGAUAAGGUUGUAGUAGACGACAUGGGGAAUAAGGAGGUUUAUGAGUUUCCGGUCAAUGCCUGGUUUGACAUCUCUGAAGGGGACGGCAAAAUACAAAGAGAUGUGAUUGCCGGAGCCACACAACCAAUGGCGAUUGUGUAUAACGUACAGGUGAUGACGGGGGAUAUUCGUGGAGCCGGCACUAACUCUAAGAUCCACUUUGCCAUGCACGGUCGGAAAGGAGUUAAGAACAGCGGUAAGUUGUUCCUGGAGGGCGGCACGUUUGAGCGCGCUCAGAUCGACAUCUUUAACGUGGAGCUGCUGGAGCUGCUCAGCCCGCUCAGCAGAGUCACGAUCGGACACGACAACGCUGGGAUCAGCUGCGGCUGGUAUUGUGAAAAGGUGACGGUAUACUGCCCCUUCACAGGUUUAGAGCAGGUGUUUCCCUGCGGCAGGUGGCUGGAUGAAGAUGAGGGUGAUGGACUGAUGGAGCGAGAGCUGUAUGAGAUGGUCUCGCUCAGACAGAAAAAGCAAAAGAAAUUGCCCUGGUCCCUGUGGAUCUGGACGUCUGAGAUUAAAGGUGCGGGCACAGAUGCACAGGUGUUCCUGCAGGUGUAUGGAGAGACGGGCAAGAGCGACGAGAUGAACCUCGAGAGCAAAUCAGACAGUUUUGAACAGGGACAGUGCGACAAGUUCAUUAUUGAGAUGCCCGAUAUCGGGAAGAUACGCAAGCUGAGGAUCUGGCACGAAAAGAGGCAUCCUUUCUCUGGCUGGCAUCUUGGCAGGGUGACAUUGAUGAAGACCCUUACUAGGGAGAAAUACUCAUUUGUUUGUAACCGUUGGUUGGACAUCAAUGAAGAUGACAAUGAGAUCGUUAGAGAGCUGCCAGCUACUGGAAAACUUGUGCCAGAAGCUUUACCGCUUAUUAAGUAUCGUGUGACGAUUUGCACGGGAAACAUCAGUGGAAGUGGAACAGAUGCCAGUGUUUAUUUAAACAUCAUUGGUGACUUGGGAGACACUGGAGAGCGACUGAUGUUCAUGAGCAAAAACAACGCCAACAAGUUUGAGAAAGGAAACCAUGAUGAGUUCCUGGUAGAGGCGGCCAACCUGGGACAGAUCAGGAGAGUUCGGAUUGGUCAUGACGGACGAGGCGGAGGAUGUGGUUGGUUCCUGGAUAAGGUGAUGAUCAGAGAGGAGGGGCAACCUGAGGCGUCAUCCAUCGAGUUCCCAUGUUACAGGUGGUUGGAUCGUAAUGAAGACGACGGGCAGAUUGUAAGAGAGUUAGUCCCUACUGAUGAUGGUCAGCGUUUGUUUACUGUUGGUUAUCACAUUGCGAUAAAGACAGGCAGUAUUAAUGGUGCCAGCUCAGAUUCGAAGGUGUUCGUAAAGCUGUACGGAGAGAAAGGCGACACCAACAAGAUGCUGCUGGUCGUCUCCGAUAACGACCUGGUGAAUUAUUUUGAGACGGGACAGACAGACAUCUUCACCAUAGAGACCUUUGACAUUGGCAAUAUAAACAGGUUGCUGAUUGGCCACACUAACGAGGGUCUGCGAGCCGGUUGGUUCCUGGACAGUGUUCAGAUCUGGGUGCCGGUGCACGGGGUGCAGUACAUGUUCCCCAGUCACCGCUGGCUCUGUAAGGACGAGGCUGAUGGGAAGGUGGAGGUGGAAAUCUAUCCUAGUGAGACACUGGAGAUAGAGAAAUUGAUCAAUUAUGAGGUCACUGUGGUGACAGGAGACGUGUGGACUGGAGGGACGAAUGCAAACGUCUUCCUGCAGAUUUACGGUGAGGAGGGGAAAACCGAACUAAUACAGCUCAAGAGCCGAUCCAACAACUUUGAGAGAGGGACCACUGAGAUCUUUAAGAUCGAGGCCUUAGAUGUGGGACGGGUCUAUAAGAUCCGGAUCGGCCAUGACGGCUCAGGAAUAGGGGCUGGAUGGUUCCUGGAGAAGGUGGAUGUUAAACGGCUGGUCAUGGCAAUGGUGAAACCAGAGAAGAAAGAGGAGGACAAGAAAGACAAGAAGAAGAAAAAGAAGAAAAAGGAGGAAGAAGAGGAAUCCCCAGGUGAACUGAAGGAGGUUGUUCGGGCUUUCAGUUUCCCAUGUGGCCGAUGGCUCGCUCGUGACGAAGAGGAUGGAGAGAUACUCGUGGAGCUGUGUGCUGAGGAUUACGAAGAUCUGGAGGAUAACUCAUACGAGGUUCAUGUGUAUACUGGGGAUAUGCUGGGGGCCGGAACAGAUGCGGGUGUUUACAUCAACAUAUACGGAGAAAUGGGCGACACAGGCGAGAGAAAACUACGCAAGUCAAACCACCUGAACAAGUUUGAGCGCAGCCAGGAGGAUGUGUUCACCAUCACUGGGAUGGACCUGGGGCCGCUGAAGAAACUGAGGAUUCGUCAUGACAACAAGCAGGCAAACGCUUCAUGGUACCUGGACCGCGUCGAGAUCUUUGACUCCAAAGAUGAAACCAUGUAUUUUUUCCCCUGUCAGCGCUGGUUGGCGGUGGAUGAAGAUGACGGGCAGCUGGGCCGUGAGUUGGUGCCUGUAGACGAGGCUUUCAUGAAGAGAGAUGAAGAUGAAGAAGAGGAGUCAUCGCCUGCUCAACUCGGACUAGAGCAAAAAGCCAUGUCAACAACAUUCACGAUGAGAGUCAAAACAGGGGAGAAGAAGAGCGCCGGGACAGAUGCAAACGUUUAUGCUAUUCUCUAUGGAACCAAAGAUGACACUGGUCUCAUUAAUCUAAAGGCGUCUAAGAACCAUGGGAACAAGUUUGAGUUGGGAAUGAUUGACGAGUUCACCAUAGAGGCAGUGGACAUCGGAAAACUGAAGAGAAUCCGUAUCGGACACGACAACGCAGGUGCGUAUCCAGGCUGGUUUCUGGACUGGGUAGAGAUCGAUGCUCCAUCUCUGGGUCAGCUGUUGCGCUUUCCAUGUGGCCGCUGGCUGGAUAAAGGAAAAGACGAUGGUGCCAUUGCCAGAGACCUGUACCCUAAUGAACUGCAGACAGUACUAUACACACCCUUUGUUCCCUACGAGAUUAAAAUCUUCACCAGUGAUAUAUUUGCUGCGGGAACGGACGCAGACGUCUUCAUCAUUCUGUACGGGCAGAACGGAGUGUGUACGUCUCAGAAAUCGAUCUGCGUCAAUAAGAGAGAGAGGAGGAUGUACUUUGAACGAGGGGCCGAGGACAUGUUCAUCGUAGAGUUGGAGGACAUUGGUGAUAUCAUUGAGAAAAUCCGUAUCGGUCACGAUAAUCGAGGGGUGAAUCCUGGCUGGCAUUUAGACCGGGUGGAAAUUCGCAGGCUGCUUCGGAAAGGAAAGGGCUCUGAGACGGCGAUAUUUCCGUGUGAGGGAUGGUUAGCUCGCUCGGAGGAGGACGGCGAGACGAUUCGGGAGCUGGUGCCGUCUGACAUCAUCGUGGAGAAACUAUCACGAGACGGGACCCUCAAAGUCAUCGAGACGGAGGUGGACGACGCGCUGGAGAUACACACGUAUACAGUGGCGGUGACCACCGGGGAUGUGUAUGGAGCGGGGACCGAUGCCAAUGUGUUCAUCACUCUUUACGGAGACAUGGGCGACACUGGAGAGCGUAAACUCAGCAAGUCUGAGAACAGCAACAAGUUUGAGAGCGGAUCGGUGAGACGCACGAACAAUAAAAGUAUUACUGAUCCAAAACAGUAGAAUACUUGCCUUCUGAUUGGCUGCUGACAAUGAUUGCUUCUGAUUGGUCAGGUGGACACAUUCACUCUGGAGGCCGUGGAUCUGGGCCAGGUGUUCAAGAUCCGUGUUCGCCAUGACAACAGCAUGCUGAGUGCUGAUUGGUACCUGGACCAGGUGGAAGUGGUGGACCAAGAUACAGAGGAAGUUUUUCUCUUUUUGUGUGAACGAUGGCUUUCGAGAAAGAAGGAGGACAAACGGAUCGACAGGGUGUUCUAUGUUAAGGGGUAUGAGGGAGAGCGGGAAACUGCCUUCUGUCCAAUUAAAAAAGUGACAAAUCUGGACAGCAACAUGAACAACAAAAACAAGAAACGACAUCCUGAAGAAGAAGAAGAAGAUGAGGAAGGAUCAAUAAUUCCCUACCACUUCUCGGUGACGACGGGUUUGGAUCGUGAUGCUGGGACGAGUAGCCGAGUGUAUGUCAUCAUCAUAGGAAAGAAGCACAAGAAGACCGAACACCUCUGGCUCGACUUGGAUGGGAAAACCGGAUUCAUGCCUGGAUCCCUGGAUUACUUUACCUGUUUCGGAACUGAUGUUGGCGACAUCAAGAAAGUGGAAUUGGGUCAUGAUGGGGCGACUCCAGAGAGCUGCUGGUUAGUGGAGGAGUUGACUGUCGAGGUGCCGACUAAAGCAGUGCGCUACGUGUUUCCAUGUAAAUGCUGGCUGGCCAAAGACAGAGGAGACGGACUCACCGCCCGCUUCCUAGACGUGCAGGAUGCAGAAAGUGUUAAUAUCCCACAGAAGGUGAUCUAUGAAGUGACCGUGAUAACAGGAGAUGUCCAGCACGCAGGUACAGACACACAGAUCUACAUGACUGUGUUUGGAGUCCACGGCACGUCAGAGGAAUUGCUACUGCCAAAAUUAGAGGACAGGUUUGAACGAGGGCAGAAAGACACAUUCAAUCUGGAGAUUGAGGUAAUCGCUCCUUUGAGAAAGAUGCGAGUGCGUAUAGAUGGUUCUGGAAGCAGACCCGACUGGUUCCUGGAUAAGAUUGAACUGCAUAACCUGCAGACGGAUGAAGUGGCGUUAUUUACAUAUGAGGAAUGGCUGUCUCGUUCAUACGGGCCCAAGCGAACUCUCAUAUGUGAGAUGCCUGCUGUGAUAAAUGACGAGGAAAUGGUGGAGCUCACCACUUACACCGUUUCUGUGAAGACCAGCGAUGUAACUGCGGCUGGAACCGAUGCUAACCUGUGGAUGAUUAUUUUUGGUGAGAACGGUGACACUGGAACGCUGGCUCUGAAAGAAAGCAACAACACCAACAAGUUUGAGCGCAAACAGACGGACACUUUCCGUUUCCCCGACAUCCUCAGUUUGGGCGAGCUCUCGAAAGUGCGCAUUUGGCACGACAACUCAGGUCCGGCUGCUGGCUGGCACUUGGAGUAUGUGGAAGUGCACGAUGACAUCUUGGGGAAGAAGUUUCGUUUCCAGUGUGAUCGCUGGCUCGCCAAGAACGAGGGUGAUGGACAGAUAAUGAGAGAGCUGCCGUGUGCCAACAAUGAUGCAGUGGAUUUCGAUGAAAAAACCAAAUACGAGAUCCUGGUCACAACAGCAGAUACAGAUGAUGCUGAAACCAAAGAAAACACCUGCAUUGUUCUAGAAGGGAAGAAAGGACGUUCCAAAGAGUUUAUGAUGGAGAACUCGACUAAAAAGAAGCGUUUUUUACGAGGCGCUUCGGACCGCUUUGAGUUCUCCUCCAAGGAGCUGGGAGACAUCGCUAGCAUCUGUCUGGGACACAUCCCUAAAGAUGGCAAGAAAGUUAAAGCUGAAGCCACCUGGUUUGUGGAGGAGGUUGUUGUCACGGAGAAGGAGCUGGGCAAUAAGUAUAUUUUCCGUUGUGACACCGCCAUCCCUCUUUCCUCAAAACGGGACGAGUUCCAGACAUUCGAGUGCAGCAAGUUCAUCGAGAGCUUCACCAGCAAGGCCCAAAGCCUCGUCCCGGUCAAAUACGAGCUCAUCGUUAUCACGGGCGACGACAAGGGCGCAGGAACUGACGCCAACGUCUUCAUCACCAUCUUUGGAUCCAACGGCGACUCUGGUAAAAGACAGCUCACUAAAAAGUUCCAGAACCUGUUUGAGCGUGGCAAGACGAACCGGUUUAUUCUAGAACUGCUGGACCUGGGCGAGCUGCUCCGCAUGCAUGUGGAACACGAUAACUCCGGACUCAGUCCCGGAUGGCUCCUGAGCAGGAUGGAGAUUACGAACACGGCCAAUGCUGUGACAACUAUCUUCAACUGUGGGAAAUGGCUGGACAAAAACAAAGCGGACGGGAAGAUAAAGCGGGUGAUCUAUCCAAAGUAUUGA